AUGGCAUAUAUCUCUCUUGACAACGUGGUCGAGUACCAAUAUCCUAAGCCUAGGAAGCCGUCCAAAUUGCCUCUGAUCCCUUGUGGAGCUUCUUCAUUUCAAUCAACCACCGAACCUUUCCUUAACCGUUCCACUUCUGUUGAUGUUUGCGCAGCAGUGGUACCGCCUGCGUCAGCUAGCGAGGAUCCAUCUUCUUUGGCAAAUAUCAACUCUGUGGUUACACAGGCCCAAAUUCAAAUUGAGGACUCUUGUCCACUGCCAGCAGCCAUAAUCGUCGACUCUGACAGAUCUGAUGAGAUGGACAAAAACAAAGACCAGAACAUAUGUGAUGGGAAGACAGAGCAGGAUGCGUGUCGAAGAUCUAACGAACGAAUCCAUGACAUCCACUACAUCGAGAAAAACAAGGAUUUGUCUGAACCUCUACAGGCUACAGAAAUCUUAUUAGCUAAAGAUGCUACAGUACUAGAAUCUCUGGAAAUAGAGAUGCCGCCCCUUAUUUCUGAUAGUGGAUAUGAGCAACACAGCAGCACUGUCUCAGAAACUUUUAUCGAAGAAAUGCCGCCGACCGUUCUAGAUGACCCCAUCGCCUCGGCGGCUCAGUUGGACACAAACGGUAUAGAUCAAAUGUCAAUGAGUCCUGUCAAUACUCCAACCGGUGAUGCAAUGUGCCACGACAGUCUAGCGGACAAGGGCAGGCAACGAUCGGUGUGUCAACAAUCUCCAAUUGCUGAAGCGGCAGUAGCCCAGUUUGCGCCCACUCGAACCCGACAGCUUAACGGCAGCCAACAGGGACGCAAUUCGUCAGCAGAGAUGCGUUGCAAAUCUCUAUCAGUGGUAGUCCCUCAUCAACCAUUGCAGUCCAGCAAGUUGACUCGCACCGCUCGUCACUCAGCUUGUUCUCAGUUCAUUCCAAGUGCAGAAAGUGAUGAUGAUCCAGGGGAUAGUGACUAUUGUGAGGACAGCCCUGCAGAGAGUCGAAUAGAAUAUGAUGAACCAGCGGCUCGUCCAGUCAAGAGAAAAAGGCGGAUGAACACUAGUAUGAACACUUCUCAGUUCCACAGAAAAAGAGUGCGCGCACAAGCUUAUUCAAAAAGCCCUUCGCCGAAACUGGCGAGCCCUGAGUCCACGGUCCAGAGCUCCACAAGUCCAGAGACUAUACGAAUCCGUGGCCAAUUUCUGCGCAAAGUCUCUUUAAGUCGCGUUGAGUAUUGCUGCUGGGUCACUGAAGAUAUUAACUCGGCCACCUCCAGUCCUGUCUCAUCUGACAUUUGGGCAUCACUCAAGAAGCUGGCAGACGAAGGGGGCCAGUCAAAUAGCAUGUCCGACUUUCAAGCUAUUGACAUAGAAGGCUUAUUUACCCGUGAUCUUAAGCCGUGUGGGUAUAUAUGGAGCUUCAACUUCAAGGAGAAGCACGCGAAAUCGCCGGAAAAUCAUUCCUUGCCCCAGGAAGGAAGGGUAUCACCGACUCUAGAUGACCUUGUGGUAGACAGCCAGACUUCCUCGCGGGCGGAUGAGUGUGCGUCUCUGAAGGGCAAGGAUUAUACUGCCGAAGAAGAUACGUUGAUCGUCCAUCUCAAAGAGACUGAGAAACUCUCAUGGUCACGCAUUGCAGCACGCUUUCCUAAAAGAACACAGAUGGCCCUGCAGGUUCGAUACUGUACCAAACUGAAAGGAAGGCCGCACCAAACCCAGUCAGGAGGUCUUAUUAGACCGAGGACUGGCCCAGCGCAGACUAUUACAGUGGCAUGUCCAAGGAAUACUGGGAGUUCUCGUCGCCAGUAUAGCUUGCGAAAGCUACGACAAUCCCCGGAUCGUUAUGUGCCUGGGUAG